AUGCCCCCUAAAACUCAAAAAUAAAAAGAAGAAGAAGCAGCUAGAUUAGCAGAAGAGCAAAGAUUGAGAGAAGAAGAAGAGGAAAGAUAGAGAAAAGAAUUAGAGAAAUAUAAAAUUAAUAAACUCAAUAAUACUAAGUAAUUGAAUAUCUUUUAACAUCAGUUUGCCAAUGCCAAUCACAAAAUACUAUAUUGAGUAUGUAUAUCCACACCCAGAACCACAUAAGGCUACAAUGGAAUAUUUGCGUAAAGUAUAAGCAUAUUAUAAAUUAUAAGAUAGCUGAAAUUUAUAACUGCAAAGAUCAAUUGCGAGAUAUAGAUAUUUAGAUAGCAGCUGAUGUAUUGAUAAAUGAUCUAAUAUUUGCAAAAUCAUUAAAAAGUUUGAAUGAUGAAUGUGUAUAAGUAUUGGUAAACAUAUUAUUUUUAUCAUUCACAAAUAAUAACAAUAAGUUUAGUCAGGAAAUGAGAUAUAAUAAUACUCUAUAACAAAAGAAUGUAGUUACAGAUGCAGAAUUAUUUAAUAAUUUAUUGAAAAUACAUGCAGAAGUAGGUUAUUUUCGAUCUAUGCAUAUAUCACCUAUUAAAGAUCAUUUCUAAAUUUAUUUAAAUCAUUUAGAUUUGAUUAAUUAGGCAUUUAUAUCAAAUUAAAGACCUUUGGAACUUCAUAUGGACUUAUAGAUGGACAUGCCUUUGUAACCAUUGCCUUUAGAUGAAGCUUUGAUUUAUCGACCAUUUGAACAAAAGGCUGAAGAUGAUGGAUAAAUUGAAACAGUUGACUAAGAAGAUUAAUAAGCUCCACCAGAACCAACUGAUGAGGAAUUAUUGGACCCAAUAAUUAUGGAAGCAAUACAAAAAAAACUUGAUUUGGCAAAAUAAGAAUUAGAAGAGAAAUUAGUAUCAAGAUAAAAGGAUAUGGAAGAAAAAUUAAUGAGUAUGGCCACAAAAAAGAAAUGAU